AUGCCAUUAAUGGUCUUCUACAGCGCCCUGAGCCCUGGCUCGUCCCCUGAGCCUCUUUUCGUGCACCUUGCUAGGAGACAGCUCCCCUCAGGACCAUGGCAGACCAUUGUCUUCCAGGACUACCCGCAAACAACGGAUGAUGGCCACAACACGGUCCAGAUUGGGAUCUGUCCUGGAGACGGGACUAUCCACCUUUCCUACGACCAUCACUGUGAUGUCUUGCGGUACCGCUACUCGAUACGCGGCGUCGCCCAAGAUCCUACCGCUUUCACAUGGUCCCCGUCUCUCUUCACCCAAAACCUAGACUACCUGCCUGGCCUCCCCAGCACCCACAAGCACUUCAGCUAUGUGACCUACCCGCGCCUCGGCGCCAUGGGGGACAGCACCAUGUUCAUGUCACUGCGCGACGGCAAAGCCGGCCUCGGCUCCGACCACCUGUACCUGUACCGCUCCUCCACCGGCUUCUGGGAGUUCGUGGGCACGCCGCUGACGGGCGUGCAGAGCAACCCCUACGUCCACGGCUGGGACUUCAGGGGCGGCAGGCUGCACGUGACGUGGGUGUACCGGGGCUUCGUCCACUACGAGGGCUGGGACGACCCGGAGGAUACCAAGCACAAGCAGCAGGCUGGGCCGAACGGGGCGGAGAAUAAUCAUAACAUCUGCUAUGCUUAUUCCGAGGACCUGGGGUACACCUGGAAGAAUGGCAACGGGAAUGUGAUUGCUGAACUAAGGAAAGGGGAGACGAUAGAUAACUCCUCCGAGGGGAUUGUGGCUUUCGAUAUACCCAAGGGGAGCGGGUUGAUGAACCAGGAGGCGCAAGCGGUGGACCACGAUGGUGGGAUACACAUCUUGAACCGCGACACGCUGGACGGUAUUAACGUGUGGAGGCACUACUAUCGUGCUCCUAACGCCGCCUCAGUCAUACGAAUACUCAAGGCGGCGAAGUCAAAUGGGUACGCUGACUAUGAGGACGUCUGGGUUGGCAAUGCGGCCGAUGAGAGGGUUGACAUUGUCUCCGGAAAGGGUAUCGAGCAGUGA